UCCAGACUUGACCUCAAGCAGUUGGUAUUGCAUUGUCAAGUGGUGAAAAGAAGUUGCAGGGUUACCAAAUGGGAAUUUAAUAGAGUUUUUUGACUUUCCAACCUUUUACUUUAAAUCUCAUCAAGCUGAGAUAAAUCUACAUAUUCCAGUCACUGCUGUCCCUAAAGUGCCACUCACUCACAGGUGGCACAGGUGGAGCAGCAGCCAUGUCCACUGGCUCUGCUGCUGCAAGUGAUGCUGAGGACUAUGCUGAGACAUGCCACAACAGGAGGACUGCCACCUCUUUGGAGAGGAAGAUCACCUGCUAUAAUAAUCCUGACCGGUAUUCGGAUGAGGAGCUGGAGGAUGACGGUGCAGAGGAGGAGGAAAGGAUCGAGACACACGAGGUGCGUAAAGUCUCCAAAGCGCACCAGAGAGACGCACGGCAGACGCAGAGGAACGCGGCCAACGCCAGAGAGAGGGCGCGGAUGAGAGUGCUGAGCAAAGCCUUCUCCAGGCUCAAAACCAGCCUACCCUGGGUACCAGCGGACACCAAGCUGUCCAAACUGGACACGCUGAGACUGGCCUCCAGCUACAUCUCUCACCUGAGACAGCUCCUACAGGAGGACCGCUUCGAGAAGAGCUUUGCUCACCCGGUCAACCUGACCUGGCCCUUUAUGAUGACAGGCCGAUCAGAGGACAGCCAAGACAUCUCAGCCACUGUAAGACUAUGUGGAGCAACAGCAUAGGAAGGACUCCCCUCUUCAAACCAGCAGACAAUAUGAAACCCUCCUGUCCAGUGUCCCAUCUUUGGAAAGCUGUGGCUCAAUAUCUCCCCAAACAACUUUGAACUCCAACUGAACCUUUAAUACACCGAGGAUUGUCUAUUUCAGAGCAUGCCAGUUAGAACAAUAAAGACUACAAGUUUGUUUUCAGAUUUUCUUGUGUGCAUGUUAAUUAGUGUUAAUACUAUUAAUUGAUAUGUUUUAAAGAGUGCAUUUCACAAAAUCACCUCACAGCUGUUGUUUUUUGUUGUUUUUCUAUUUUGACUUGACUUAUAUUGCAAUCACCGAGCUAAAAUGUGCAGCAAGAUUCUUCUAUGUUAUCUACAGUAUUUAUUGCAUUUUGAUAUGU